UUUUUCUGCGUCAAGUCAUGUACUCCACCAGCACUGGUCUUCAGCCAGCACUUUUAAUAGAUAAGCUUUUCUUUCCCUUCCCCUGAAAGAUAAACCAAAUCAACUUCUUCCUAAAUCACCAUGGCAAUGUUUCAGGUCCAUGAUAUCUAUACGCUCACAUUUCUUCUUCUUGUUUUUCUCCUCCGGCUCUCAUCAUCUCAACCUUUCCCCUCAGCUGACACUCCAGAUAAGUACUUCAUCAACUGUGGCUCGGAGGCCAACAUAACCUUCGCCAACCGGAAUUUCAUUGGAGAUAUGGGCUCUGGUUCAUUCGUCUUCUCCGGCAAGCACAGCUUCCCUAUCGAAGACGGCAACCCUUCUUCAGAUAUAUCCCCUCCUCUAUACCAAACAGCCAGAGUUUUUCCACAGUGGUCCUCGUAUGAUUUCGAAACGAUUGACAAUGGCACUUAUCUGGUACGCCUCCAUUUCUAUGCUUUUUCCUCCCCAACUGAUCUCUCCAAAGCCGUCUUCAAUGUUUCGGCCUCUGGAUCAUCAUUGAUCCAAAAUUUUUCUGGCCGAAGUAGUAGAAGUUCUCCAGUGAUAAAGGAGUUCUUAAUCAGCAUCGAUGUUGGAAGAUUCGUGAUCUAUUUUACGCCUUCCCAAGAAUCAUCUUUAGCAUUUGUGAAUGCCAUAGAAUACUUCCCUGCCCCUUUGAACAUUCCUGAUCAUGCCCCACGCAUCACUCUAUCAGGAAGAAACAACAGUUAUAAAGGUAUGCUUUCCCAGAUCUUACACACAAUUUACAGGAUCAAUGUUGGAGGCCCCCAGAUCACGCCAGAGAACGACACUCUGUGGAGGAACUGGCUUCCUAACAAAAGUUACAUUUACGAUCCCAACACUGCAAUAAACAGCCCUGUUCACACUGGUGAGCUUAAUUACCUGGGGGGAAAAGCUACCAAAUAUAUUGCGCCAGAUUUUGUCUACCAGACUGCCUUAGAGAUGAACACAGAUUACAGAAGCCAAUCCAAAAAUUUCAACAUAACCUGGUGUUUUAAUGUGAGCAAGAGUGCAAGGCACUUUGUUCGGGCUCACUUCUGUGAUAUUGUCAGCGAAACACUUUAUGUUAUAGAUUUCAAUCUCUAUAUAUUUAGCUACCUUGUUAGCAAAAUAGAUUCACAAAAAGAAUUUAAUAUGCCAUUGGAUGCUCCCUUUUACAUUGAUUUUGUGGUUGACUCGGAUGGGUCUGGGCUUUUGAAUAUCAGUAUAGGACCUCGGGAAGAUUCUGUAAAGAAUACUGCUUUUCUGAAUGGCCUGGAGAUUAUGGAGAUGAUUGGUGAACUGGUUUUGGUUCCGACAGCAAAUAAAUCUGAGAAGAAGCACGCGUUUGUUCUUCUUGGUUCCGUUGUUGGCGUUUUGGGUUUCAUCUUCAUUUUGGUAGUUUCUUUCUCGAUGGGUUUGAAGCGGUGGAAGAAAAAGCGUGCUGAAAUUCUGGACUGGUCGCCACUUUAUGGAGGAGCUAGUCCACUCAGUAGGCUAGCUGAAACCUCCCGGGGUUCCCCUGUUCCUAACCUGAACCUCGGAUUAAAGGUGUCUUUAGCCGAAAUUCUAUUCGUAACGAAGAAUUUCGACAAGAAACUGGUAAUUGGUCAUGGUGGAUUCGGAAAAGUCUACAGAGGAACUCUCGGGAACGGCCAGAAAGUGGCCGUGAAACGCAGCGAGCCGGGGUUGGGUCAGGGACGGUUGGAGUUCCAAACAGAGGUGCUUCUUCUAUCGAAGAUUCGCUAUCGUCAUCUCGUUUCCCUAAUCGCGUAUUGCGACGAAGGGGACGAGAUGAUUCUGGUCUACGAAUUCAUGGAAAAAGGUACUCUCAGAGAUCAUUUGUACGAAUCGAGUUUCUCCUGUUUGUCAUGGCAGCGAAGGCUCGAAAUCUGCAUCGGCGCCGCGAGAGGGCUUCAUUAUCUCCACACCGGUGCGGCCAGGGGAAUCAUUCACCGCGACGUAAAGUCCUCAAACAUCUUACUCGAUGAGAAUUUUGUAGCCAAAGUUGCAGAUUUUGGCCUCUCGAGAUCAAUCCCUCUCGAUCAAACCCAUGUGAGCACUUGCGUCAAAGGGAGCAUCGGAUAUCUCGAUCCAGAGUACAUGAGGUCCGAGCAAUUAACAGAAAAAUCCGAUAUUUACUCGUUCGGCGUGGUUCUUCUGGAGGUUCUGUGCGCAAGACCCGCCAUUGAUCCUUCGCUUUCGAGAGAACAGGUGAACCUGGCCGAGUGGGGGAUGUUCUGGCAAAAGCAAGGGCUUCUUGAGCAGAUCGUUGAUCCUUUGCUCGUGGGAGAUAUAAACCCCAACUCGUUAAGGAAAUUCGGGGAGACGGCGGAGAAAUGUUUGCGAGAAUACGGCGCUGAUCGGCCGGCGAUGGGCGACGUGCUUUGGGACUUGGAGUAUGCGUUGCAGCUUCAACAGUCUUCGACGCCGAGACAACCACACGAGGACAGUGCCACCGACGCUGCGUCGAUGUUCCCGCCGCAUAGUGACCAACAGUUUCCGUCGAUUAGCUUAUCAACUGAGAAAGGAGAUUUCAGCGGUAGGAUCGGCGGCGAUCGUUCCGACUGCGUGACCACCGGAGUGUUCUCUCUGUUGAGCGCGGAUGAUGGCAAGGCAGAUAGUUGUAAUGUUUCUACAACCGCCAACGGUUUGAAUUAAUAAUGACUGUUUUUUUUUUUUUGGGGAAUAAAUAGUGACUUGCGAGGGAGAUGAUUGUGACCUGUGAGGGAGUGGGAAGAAAACUCUUCUCAAACAGUCCAUCAAAAAUGAAAUUCUAAUUCUAAUGUGCUUUUGCAGAUUAAAAAAGACAAAA